AAGAAUUCGACAUUCCAUCAUAUAUACUUCAUGUAUCGUUAUUAAUACUACAUAAUGUCUCCUAUAUAUUAUAAAAGUAUAUACUUAGACACGUAGUAUAUAGGAACUUGUCAUUCAUUUUUAGACUGUUAAUUACUUUAUUUAAGUUUGACACAAGGAAUUGAAGUAGUUCGAUACAAACGAUUAUUGCGCGACUUUGUAUACAUUGUUUCAUGUUACACAACUUUCUGGAACUACGACUGUGAUGUUUGUCUAACAGUUUUCGAUUGACCACCUUGAAUACAUGAUGGCUAAUAGGUGUGGACAUGUCUUAAGUUUUACUAUUAAUUUCAUCAGACGCAUCUAAUGAAGGUGAGAGUUGUUGAUGGCACCACACAUGCUUCAUUCCUUCUAUUGGAUUGAGAGGUUUCAUGUUUGUUAGGGAGGUCUGCUUCUUCCUUCAAAGACCAAAUAUCAAAGUAUUUAAGCAGAUUUGAAGGGAAGAAUUGAAGCGCGCCAUUUCAUUUAGCCGCUAAAAAUGAUGAUCUUACCGUUCACAGCUGCCGUUAGUACAAAAUUUUCUUGUUCCUUUCAUUACUCCGUUAACGAAACCCCUGAAACCUCUAAAAGACCUCGACAAAAAUCCAAUCUCAAAUCCAAAUUCCAGAGACCAUUAUCUACACCAGCACAGCUAGUGAAUUCGAGAAAUCAACCUCCAUCAAAACUCGAAGCUCUUGAAAAUAUCCUCUGUGAUAUAGAAUCCUCUCUAGAGAAGGGCGUUGACAUUAAUGACCCAGGUAUAUUUUCAUCCCUUCUUGAGGCCUGCUUCAAUUUACAAGCGUUUGAUUUUGCCACCCGAAUCCAUCGCGUCAUUCCUCACAAGCUGUUACGUAAGAACACUGGCAUCUCAUCGAAGCUUCUCAGGCUGUAUGCAGAGGAUGGUCGCGUGGAGGAUGCCCAUGAGCUGUUUGAUAAAAUGCGCGAUAGACAUUCUUCUGCAUUUCCGUGGAAUUCACUUAUAUCAGGUUAUGCAGAGAGGGGUUUGUUCGAGGAUGCAUUGGCGCUUUACUUUCAGAUGGUGGAAGAGGGUGUGGAACCAGACCUGCACACUUUUCCUCGUGUGCUUAAAGCUUGUGCAGGAAUUGGGCUGAUCCAGGUCGGGGAGGAGGUUCAUCGUCAUACCAUUCGUUCUGGGUUUGGGAAAGACAGGGUAAUUCUUAAUGCACUUGUUGUUAUGUAUGCCAAAUGUGGUGAUAUCGUUAAGUCUAGAAACAUGUUCAAUCAAAUUCCAGAAAAGGACUUGGUUUCGUGGAACUCUAUGCUUGUAGGUUAUAUUCGGCAUGGCCUUGUAUUGGAGUCGCUGGAUGUGUUUCGUACCAUGAUGCAUGAAGGCUGCAAGCCCAACUCUAUCUCUAUAUCAGCUAUACUCAGCAGCUUAAAACUGCUCCGUGUAAGGAAAAGAGAGCAGGUCCUAAAACUGGGAUCCCAAAUUCAUGGAUGGGUUCUUCGUCAUGGAAUUGAAUGGAAUAAUUUAUCAGUUGCAAACUCAGUGCUUUCCUUUUAUUCUUCUAAUAGUGUCAACAGGCUCAAACAAACGAGAUGGUUGUUUGACCAGAUGCUUGAAAGGGAUGUUGUGUCUUGGAAUUCAAUAAUUUCAGCUCACUCCCAGGACCGUGAAGCCCUUGCUUACUUCCAAAGUAUGGUAAACUCUGGUGCAAUGCCGGACACUGUCACAUUUGUAUCAUUAUUGGCUGCAUGUGCUCAUGUGGGGCUGGUAGAUGAUGGUGAGCGAAUAUUCGUUCUGAUGAAAGAUCGGUUCAAGAUUAAACCAACAAUGGAACACUAUGCUUGUAUGGUUAAUCUAUAUGCUAGAGCACAGUUGAUAACCAAAGCGUAUGACUUCAUUCUGUUGAACAAAAUAGAGGUAGAGGCUGGUCCAACCAUUUGGGGAGCAUUGCUCUAUGGUUGCUCCCUUUCUGUCAAUGCUGAUAUUGGAGAGGUUGCCGCUAAGCAUCUAUUUCAUUUGGAGCCAGAGAACGAGCAUAAUUUUGAGCUCUUGUACAAGAUCUAUGUUAAAGCUGGUCGCAAUGAGGAUGCAGAAAGAGUAAGAAAAAUGAUGUUAGAGAGAGGCUUUGCCUUGUGCUUUGAUGACAAAAGUGUUGUGUAAUUGGGAUUAUCACUUGCAAAUUUCUACCGUACCCAAUUAAAUUAGAUGGGUUUUGGUACCCAAGUUUUAUAGUAAGCCAGUCACAUUACAUUCCAAUAGUUCUGUACCUGUUAUGAAAAAUUUGUAACUUAUUUGUUACUUCGUAUUUUUUUGUCUUACUCCUGUAAUUUUUACCAUCAUUUGUAAGUUUUGUCUAUACCUGUUAUGAAAAAUUUAGAGUUUAGCACUUCCUUUAAAGA